GGACGAUUAUUACGGCCUCAUUGGAAAGAGCCCUAUUUCUGAUCAUGUCUGGAAUACGUUGUCUAACCCUUCCUAUUCAAGAACAGCGAAGAUCUGGAGCUGCAUCUACAACCUGUUUGUGGCCCUGGCCUCGCUGAGCUUUGUCCUGGAGAGUGAGCCGAGCUAUCGCUACAUCACCGAUGAGGUCAAGGCCAAGCUAGUCGGCGACUUGCCCAAACCAGGAGACCUCCGCUUCAUGAUGUAUUCCGUGGAGUUCCCUUCUGUCUGUCUGCUAGACAUCAUCUGUUGGACCUUCUUCACUGUGGAGUUUUUCAUUCGGUUAGCAGUUACUCCCAGAAUUUCCGUAUUUCUAAAGAGCAAGUUGAACAUCAUGGACAUAUUCUUGUUGGCCAGUGUCUGGAUCAUCUUCUUCACCAGUCAAUACGUCACCGACAGUUUUCAUAAGUUUAAUUAUUUCUUUUUUUAUACAAGC